CGGACCUGAAUGUGACACAAUGUAUCGCUGCGCGGCGCGGCGCCUUUGAUCCGCGACGCUGUCUGAGUUCCGCCGCCGCUCCUCACGAGACCGGAGUUUCUAACACAGCUCCGUGCAUCAGCUAACGAGACGCUCGGGAGCGAAAUAAGACGUUAAAGACGGAGUUAAAGCGCGUAAAAGUUCCGCGUAACGCGCCGCUGUCUAGUUCUCGCGAGUUUGUUUUCAAACAAAAGUAUCCUGUCACGAGCUCGCUCGCGCUUCCAACUCUUUAACAUGAGCGAGGAGGAUCGUGUUACGAUUUAAACGCGUUAAAACGCAAGAACUCAGAAGUUUGAGGUUCCUCAGAGGAACAUAUGGCAUAAAGACACAGCUGGAGAUUUGAGGCUGAUGUCAGAGCAGCUGACUCUAGAGAUCACACACACACACACACACACACAUGGAGAGGUCGCGUUCAGUCGGCUGGUGCUCUGGAACUGUUCUUUUCCUCGUGUUUAUAUGACGAUCGUCAUGUUUGAGUUCGAGAUGUGAGAUGUUGUGUGCGCGUGACUGGAUCCACGCUCGUUCACCGAAGACCCGCUUGUGCGCGCGCUGAAACUAGACGGGCUGCUGAGAUCACGCCAUCAGCAUGGAGUUCCCAGACCACAGCCGGCAGUUACUGCAGUGUCUGAGUCAGCAGAGACACCAGGGCUUCCUCUGCGACUGCACUGUGCUGGUGGGAGACACACGCUUCAGAGCCCACCGAGCCGUCCUGGCCUCGUGCAGCAUGUACUUCCACCUCUUCUACCACGACCAGCCGGACAAGAGAGACGUGGUGCAUCUGAACAGCGACAUCGUGACGGCGCCGGCGUUCGGGCUGCUGCUGGAGUUCAUGUACGAGGGAAAGCUGGAGUUCGGCGCUCUUCCGGCGGAGGACGUCCUGGCGGCAGCCAGCUACCUGCACAUGUACGACAUCGUGAAAGUCUGCAAAGGAAAGCUGAAGGAUAAGGAGCAGAAUGACACAGAUUGCGGCGGGCAGAAGGCGAACGGUCACCCCGAAGGGUCCCCGGACCUUGUAGGUGUCAAUUAUGUGUCAGCCGAGGCCGAGGCCUGUGUCCGAACAGCUGGAAAAACAAAAGCUGAUGUCAGUAGUUCAUCCGUCCCGGUGUCCCAGAGGUCGGAUGACACGGAGCGAGCGCUGGAUUUAUCUUUCAAGCCUCUGUCGAGUCGAGACGGCUUCCACCCCUCCUUCGUCUCGGGACAGCUGGCCCUCGACAGCCAGCAGCAGGGCACCGAGCCACUUGUUAAAGACGAACAUGACUUGCUGUCAGAGCAGGAGGACGGUGAUCCGGUGAGCCCGGAGAGCCAGCGCUUUGGGAGUUCAGUGGUGACAGGGUUCACUGCCCUCUUCGCUGAAAACAAGGCUCCGGACGACGAGCUGAUGGAGGAGGAGAGAGCGCUGCGUGUGCGUCCAGAGCACCACCUCCGGGACAGCGAGGGCGAGGAUGAGGACGACCUGGCGUCCUCCGACAUCUCCACGUCCAGCGGCGUUCUCCUCCCGCAGGUCUGCGUGUGUCCGCUCUGCAGCAAGGUCUUCCCGAGCCCACACGUGCUCCAGCUCCACCUCAGCUCGCACUUCAAGGAGAAAGACGGCGUUCGCUCCAAGCUCUCGCCCGACGGCUCCGUCCCGACCUGCUCGCAGUGCGGCAAGACCUUCUCCUGCAUGUACACGCUGAAGCGGCACGAGCGCACGCACUCCGGCGAGAAGCCGUACACCUGCGCACAGUGCGGGAAGAGCUUCCAGUACUCACACAAUCUGAGCCGGCACGCCGUGGUGCACACGCGAGAGAAGCCACACGCGUGUAAGUGGUGCGAGCGGCGCUUCACUCAGUCCGGAGAUCUGUACCGACACAUACGCAAGUUCCACUGCGGCCUCGUCAAGACGCUCGCCAUCGGAUAACAGCCGCGCAACCACAUCCCUGUUUUUAUCAAUAACAAGAAUAGGCAGGAUUUUGCAGAUGGCAGAAAAUUGGUUCAUUAAUGACACAUGUAAAACACGUUUGAGCAAACUUGGGACUUUGACACACGCACACACAAUACAUUUAUUUAUCCUAAUAUAUAUUUAAUAUUGAACGUGUGUGUGAUUAACUGUGAUUAUAUUUGUAGCUAUAGACAACAAUGCAUGGUCUACACUUUUCAUUUAUGCCGAAAAUCAUUAGGAUUUUAAGUAGAGAUCAUGUUCCAUGAAGAUAUUUAGUAAAUUUCCUACCACAGCUAUAUCAAAACUUCAUUUUGGAUCAGUAACAUGCAUUGCUAAGAACUACUUUUCUCAAUAUUUCGAUUUUUGUGCACCCUCAGAUUGCACAUUUUCACAAAUAUUAACAGUUAAAAAACGUGUCCGUGUCAAAGUCCCAAAUGCAUCAAAUUGUUGAUGAACCGUAAAACACACACACACACACACACACACACACACACACUGAUAAACCAGUUCUGCAGCUCCGUCUUAAAGUGACGUGAUCUUUUAAAGCCACUGGCUCUGGGUCUAGCGUUUUGAUUUAAGAGGACAUGAAGGACUAGUUAAGCUUAAACUAGUCUCAGAAGAACAUCUAUUGGAACACAAGUCGUUUUAUUUUAUUUCUACAAACAGAAAUCGAGUCGAAGCACUGCUGACCGAAUCCCAGAAACCUUUCACUGGGCUUUUCUUCAUUAUUUUCUCGACCGAUUGUUUUUUGAAG